CCGGGGCCGCGGACGGGCGGCCGCGCCGGCUCCCCAGGAAUGCAUCCCCUCCACGGCCGCCCGGCCAGCCGGCCCGCCCUCCCCGGGGGACCCCUCGGCACCUGCGGCCUCCGAAACCAUGUCGGGCAGGUCGGUUCGAGCCGAGACCAGGAGCCGGGCCAAAGAUGAUAUCAAGAGGGUCAUGGCGGCUAUCGAGAAAGUGCGCAAAUGGGAGAAGAAGUGGGUGACUGUGGGCGACACAUCCCUGCGAAUCUACAAGUGGGUCCCUGUGACGGAGCCAAAGGUUGACGAUAAAAAUAAGAACAAGAAGAAGGGCAAAGAUGAGAAGUGUGGCUCAGAGGUGACCACCCCGGAGAACAGCUCCUCCCCGGGAAUGAUGGACAUGCAUGAUGAUAACAGCAACCAGAGCUCCAUUGCAGAUGCCUCCCCCAUCAAACAGGAGAACAGCAGCAACUCCAGCCCUGCUCCCGAGCCCAACUCAGCUGCGCCCGGCGAUGGCACCGAUGCCAAGGUGGACGAGGCCCAGGCCGAUGGGAAGGAGCUCCCCGGGGCCGAAGAUGCUUCCGACGAGCAGAAUUCACAGUCUUCAAUGGAAAACUCGAUGAAUAGUUCAGAGCAAGUCGAACGGCAGCCGUCUGGAGAUGUGGGCCUGGCUGCAGAGACAUCCACAAUCUCUCAGGUACCUCGAUCGAGGUCUCAGAGGGGCAGCCAGCUCGGCCAGGAGCCUGCUGGGGUGUUGGGGGACCUGGAAGGAGUGCCACCCUCCAAAAAGAUGAAACUGGAGGCUUCGCAACAGAACUCCGAGGAGAUGUAGACGCCGAGUUCAGUCCUCUGAUCCACGUCUCACGGGAGAUCCAUCAGCAGACUUAGUUGUUGAACAACCUCACCCGAGCAGAUCCCUGUCGGGUGCAAAGGGAACUACUAACUUAACAAGUUUACCAAGUGCAAAUCCAAGAAAACCUAGAACGGCGUAACUUCUCAGACACUGAAGAACUUUCUGCUGUGAAGCGAAACACUCGAAUCUUGAAGUGACUGUCCUGGGGAAGGCGGGGUCGACAGCUCAGGAGCGUCUGGACACUGUCUCUGAAGCCAAGAUUACAUUUGUGUUGCUGCUGUAUUUUUUUUUUUCCUCCCCACUCCUCUAUUUAAUGAUAUAAGCUAUUUGAGGGUGGUACUGAUCAGGAAUUCGCUUUUUCAUCGGGGCUUUUCACUGUUCAACCGAUAUUCCUUCCGCUUUCUUUUUUUGUGCCUUGUGCCCUUGAGGUGACCUCUGGCAUGUUUUCUGGUUGUUUUGCAUCUCCCCUUACAAGUGCCCUCUUGGUUCGGUCAGGCAGCCAUUGCUCCAGUCCUCGCGUCUUCCUCCUCCCUGCCCCAGGACUUCAGCUGGAGUGGACCAGGCAGGGAGAAGGAGAGCUUGAGGCCACAGAAGAGCAGGACCUCCCAGGCCAGCUGGUUUCUAGGUGCAGCUGGGAGGCUGCAGGAUAUACCCUGAGCCCUGCUUGGGGACAGAGCUAGCCUCCAGGGUCCGAGGAGUCUCAGAUGUCUGGGCAUUGUCCCCAGGGCUUGCUUGGGGCAUCUGAACUGGUGUUUCCAAGCCCACAGCUGCCCAGAGGGACAUACAGAGCCCUUGGAUUGUUCUGGCACUUCCCCCCUCAGCCCCUCCCCCCCGCAUAUGGCAACCUCCCACACCUCCGAAGUCGGACUGGCUUCUGCGGCUGAUGGCAGGAUGGUCUCCUUAAGACAAUAAAGGGCCGGAGGAGGCUGGGAGCAGACGGCAGGAUUAGCUGGUGCUGAACUUUCUCUCACAGGACGUUGCUUGGAUUUCAAAUCCACAGUCACCUGCUGCCCUAGUCUACCUCCCCAGCUCCACCUGGCCCCACCCGCGGGGGAGGUGAGGUUGCAGUCGGCCGAAAUCCAGAGUCCACCGGCUUUCUGCAGACUGUUCCGACUCCUGGAGCCAACAGUUGGAUCGUGUCUCUUUCCCAGGAUGCUCCGAGGGUCCCCACGGGGGAGCAGGCCUCAAGGGUUGGAACUUGAAGGCCAGAAAUGAGGCCCCCGAGAAACUGGAGAGCUUUGCACUCCUCCAGAAAGGGGGCUCUGGGGUCCCUCCCCCGCCUCCACCCCCUGCCUGCACUGGGAUGACUUCCUGUCACUAAAACGGAGAAGCACCUCUUCUCCCCACGCCCCCCACCUUGGAUGAACUGCCUCGCUGUUUGGUUCCGAGGCUUGGUUUGCUCUUAAUUCCUAUACGGACUCCUCAGACCCUUAACCCUUCUCCUGAGCUUUCUUUACUGCACUGGAGUUCCAACUCCCUUUGAGUUGUGUGAGGGGGGAGGGGGGUUCCGGGUUUUGUUGUUGGUUUUUUUUUUUUUUUCUGUUUGUUCGUUCAGUUUUUGUUUCUGUUUCGGCCAAUUGGUGCAUAUAUUCAAGUACCACCUUUCACGUGUGGAUCUCUCUCCUGACCACCAUGGGGAGUGUCUGCCAGACUCCAUUUUCUAAGCGUUUCUGAGGGUGAGGCUCUUUGUUUUUGAAGGGAGCCAAUCUAUUUCCUGCACUUCAAGAAGAAUCAAAAUGUUCCUGAAUUUCAAAUACCUCAUGCAAACAUGUCUCCUGAAGCAAGGGAAGGGGAAAAAAAACAAAACACACACACACAAACUUUGAAAAUGGUCAUGUUGAAGUUAGCGAUGCCGAAAGGUUUCUGUCUUAAAAAAUCCUUAUCAAUUUUGCCCCUCAGGCAGUCAGUUCUGCGGAGAACUGUGUUCUGUGUUACCUCUCAGCGUAUCUCAAGGUGGCUUUACCUCCAGAUCCUAGAGUUAGAAUUAACUUCCUUUCUUUGCAGCAAAACUCCAUUUGGAUGAAAGAUGAAUCUGGAUAUCUAUUUCCUCCUCUUUUAUUUUUUUGGGAAACGAGAGGUAAGCAAGACAGCCGAAGACGAAUCACAACACAGGCAUCCGUGGAAACAGCAGGGUCCCCUCGACAGGCAAGGGGAGCGGACAUGGUUGAGGGUGAACAAAAGAGGACGCCCAGGAUACGAGGCUGUCGUUAGUUUUUCUCUGAAGUGCCUGAAGGUAGGAAACGGGCCAGGGGUCCGGACCGACUGGGCCCCGCCACGGCCACGCCAGGCAGAGCGGCCAGCGGCCCUGCGCCCCCAUCCACGCCGGCCAGGACGGCCUUCCACGCGGGAUGACGAGACUGCGAAAACCCACAUGUGCUUCCUUCCCCGACGCGGCCCACUCCUCGGGGCUGCCGCCCUUCCCCACGCCAUCCUGCGCCCCUCGCCCCCUCUCCCUCCAUGGAAUCUAAGACCUUUCAGCCGGCCGAGCCAGAGGCGGGGGUCCUAAGCGAAUGCCUUCCGCCGUCACCGGGCCCCGCAGCCUAAAGGGCUCCCAGGGCAAACUUAACUCCCCGCAAAUCUUGAAGUGGGGGGUGCUGCGGUUACACAUUCCACAAAGUGCUGGCACUUACACCCAUAACCCGAAGGCGGAAGACUGACUCACAGGUGGUGACCUCCCAUUACCAACGAUGUCAUGGUUUGGAAUGUUCCAUUAUCAGCCAAGGACCCGGUUAGAGAUAUAAAGACCUUUUUAUUCACCGUUACCUAAUUGUUCUUUUUUUUUUUCCUUACGACUCUUUUUUUUUGGUGUGUUGUACAGCAGUAUAAUUUUUCACUUAUUUAUUCCAUCAGUAGAUAUGGUUUGUACAAUGUACAAUGGUUCCAUUUCAGAAAAUAAAAGAAAAAUUCAAAUCAUGAA